AUGGCUCUGAAAGCAGCGGUGGCCGCUGCCAUCCUCGCCUUUGCGGCUGCCAAGACCCGCCGAAGCAACUCGCCGGUGUCGGUGCAGCUCUUUGGCGAGUCGGGCUGCCCCGACACCACGGCCUUCAUCGCCGGCCCGCUUGCUGAAGCUGAGCAGGCGGCCGGCGUUGCAGAAAUUAUGCGCUUGGACUGGACCCCCUUUGGCAAUGCCUACUUCCUCACGGCGGAGUGUGGAGGAGUGCCCUCUCCUCCAGGAUGCGGAGACAGCUCCAGCUGCCUCUACAACGCCACGGUGCGGGAGUGCUUCCUGAAGCACUGUGGCCUGGGAGGCGAUCCGUUUCCCGACUGCUACUCUCCCGGCCACGUGCGCUGCCAGCAUGGCCACGUCGAGUGCUUGGCCAACAAGAUCGAGGCCUGCGCCAAGGUGAAGGAUCCGCACAGUUAUUGGCCCAUCUCACGAUGCAUGGAGCUGGCCUUCUACCACGGGAAGCUUGCGACUGGGAAGUCCACGGACGCCGAAGUGCAUGAUGUGGCUGCGAGCUGCGGGAUCACCAGCGAGACCUUCGCUUUCUGCGAGUCGCACGGCCAUGAUGCAGUCGUGGCCAUGGCCAAUUCCACGCCGCCCCACCCAGGCGUCCCGUACGUGUUGGUGAACGGCGUGGCUUUGUCUGAGACGAAGGACUUCCUGAAGAAGGAUCCAUACCACCCGACCGGCGAAGCAGCCUGGAACAGGGAGCUGGAAAGGAGGGGACUAAAGUCGGAGAUCGGCGAGGGCAAGGUCAUCGAGGAGCUGCUGAGGAGGGAAGGGGAUGCCAAGCUGGACGUGGCCGAGAACAUGUUCACUGAGGCCAUCCUGGACAACGUCGUAGACCUGGGCGAGCUAGUGCUGCAGUUCUACGCGCUGUAUGUCGAGAGGCAGCCUGUCAAUCCAGAUGCCGACAACCUCAAGGUACCCAGGCGGCUGCGCAAGCGCAUGAAGAAGGACUAUGGCAUCGAUGCCGGCUUUGAGAUGAAGGCUGAGCCCCCGUUUCAGAUUCAAGCGCGGAAGUUCUUGAAAAAGUACUUGGCGUUCUUCAGCAUCUGCAGCCUUCUGCCAGAAAGUAUGGGCGACAGCUCGUCCAAGGCGUGGGUGUACGACCAGGACGAGUACACGCGAAGUGGGUACGGACGCCCCUCGACUCACGACAUCGUUGCCGGGUGCUCCCCCUGGAGUCAAGACUCCAUCGACGACACAACUCCGAUGUGGCGGCCGGCCUGCGAUUCCGACACGGUGAUCAUCUUUGACUGGGACGACACGCUGCUUUGCAGCUCGGCCAUCAACGCACAGCAGUGGCGACAAGACCAGCUGGAGCAGCUUGAGCAGAUGGUCGAGUCAAUCCUGCUCGCUGCCAUGCAUCUGGGGGAGACGAUGAUUGUCACAAACGGCAACGCCUCCUGGGUGCAGGACAGUGCUCGACGCUUCCUCCCGAACUUGCAGCGAACGCUGAACCGCGUCACAGUCAUGUCUGCACGGGCACUGUAUGAGCACUCGUUUCCUGGCGAUCCCUUCGCCUGGAAGCGGCAGGCGUUUAAGGAGAUUUUGGCCCGGCGUCGCCAAGAAGGCUUCCAUCCCGAAGGCGUGAACCUCAUCGUGCUUGGCGACUCACCAGCUGAAAUCCAGGCUGCUCGGACGGCCACAAAAGUGCUGUGCGGCAGGUCGAUGGUGAAGACCGUCAAGUUCAAGGAGGCACCGUCGGUCAACGAGCUCCUGGGCCAACUUCGCCGGGUGUCUCAGGAGUUGGCUGCCAUCGUUCAGGAGGAAAAGAGCCUGAGCCGCGGACUGGUGCAGCGUGGCUUCCCCGGCAGCAUCGACCAGCUCUCCUCCUGGGCAUCAGGCUGGCGCAUCUCGGAGACAGAGUCCUGGGACGCCUACUCCCGCGUUGCUGCUACCCUGCUGGUGGGUGCGUAG